AUGGAUCAAUUUAUUUUCGAAGAUGGAAACGGCAAUCUCUGCAAUGAGCAGGGUGAAUCAGUUGCUGUUGUCAUCUCCAUGGAGAUAGACAAUGAACAAUACCCUUUGGCUAACAUAACCAACUUUGGUGAGUAUACGUAUCUGAAGCCACCAGAAAAGCCAAGCAAGACGAGUGAGGCAGAUAGUGUAGAAGAAGAUGAUGAUGAAAAAGUGGAUUCAAGAGAAAUUAAAAGAAAAAGGUAUCGUUCAUACAAACCUGAAGAUAAAGACAAGUUUUUCUUUUACGUUUACGAGAAACAACUGAGCAUCCGCGCAGCAUGUAAAAUGGUAAAUAUCCCUCCCAGUACUGGUCAAAACUGGUACAAGAAAGGUGCGGAGAGUUUGGCAAAAGACGAGAACCUACCACACAAAAAAGAGAGCAGCAAGUUUGGAAGGCCAGCAAAACUUCGAGAAGAGCACAAAAUGGAUUUGAUCAGCAUAGUAGAUGAAAAACCAGACCACUACGGCCCAACUGAUGCUCUCACAGAACAUGGAUGUGCUCUUUUGGGAACAUCGAUGUUCUCAUGA